AUGAAGCGGAAGCUCGACGACAUAGAGCGCCAAAAGGCUGACUCAGGCAUCACCGAACAGCACGUGGGAAUUACUGAAUACAUAUACAAGGGGAAUAACAGAGUUACUGGGCUUUUGAAGCAAAGAUACACCGAUUUCCUUGUCAAUGAAAUAGGUUUGGAUGGAAAAGUUAUUCAUCUGGAGGAUUUAGGGUUCCCUGAGGAGGAGAUCGAGAAAGAUUCAGAGCCACAAAAAUCAACGGGAGUCGCUUUUGAGAUCCCCGAAGACAAGAAAACUGAGUUGACUACCAUUCUAGGAGAAUCAGACGUAGAGAAGCUUUUGCAGAUCCCAGUCUCUGGUGAAAAACUAGUCACUGGAAAAGUAUUUGAGAACAAGGAUGACAGAACCAGAUUGCAUAAACUUGUGCGCGAAGUGUUUAAAAACCGUCUCGAGAGUCUGACCAUGGCUACCAAUCAAUUUGAAAUUUCGCUGAGCUCGAAAAACAGCAAGCGACGAACGAUGAUAAAUCACAACUUGGGCGAUCGCAAGCGCUAUUUGCAUGCUGUUCUAUACAAGGAGAAUAAGGAGACCAUGGAGGUUGCUGGACUUCUCGCGAAAUUCCUCAACAUUCCUGUGAAAAACGUGAAAUAUGCGGGAACUAAAGACAGACGUGGAGUGACGGUGCAAAAAAUAUCUCUGGAACGCAUAUCAGUGGAAAGAAUUAACAAUCUGAAUAGAGCUUUACGCGGAUUUCAAAUAGGUGGUUUUAGCUAUGCCGACGAGCCGCUAAGAUUGGGUGAUCUUCGAGGAAACGAAUUCAUCAUUACCAUCAAGGACGUCACACUAAAUGGAGAAACACUGGACAUUCCAACACUAGAACAAAAACUCGCACCCAUAUUUGAAUCCAUUGGCAAACACGGCUUCAUCAACUACUUUGGGAUGCAGAGAUUUGGCACAUUCUCGGUCUCGACACACGAGGUAGGAAAGUGUCUUCUUCAAAGUGAAUGGAAAAAAGCAGGCGAACUAAUUUUGAGCGAGCAGGAGGUCGUGCUACCAGAUUCAGUGGAGGCUCGCAGAAUCUGGAAAGAGACCAGGGACGCAUCACAGGCACUCAAAAAGAUGCCUCGCCGCUGCAGUGCCGAGUUUUCCAUCUUGAGUCGUCUUGAGCACGACCAAAAGGGUGAGGAUGGAGAGUACUCUGAGAACUCCUAUUUCAAAGCUAUUAUGGGCAUUCCGCGGAAUCUGAGAAUCAUGUACGGUCAUGCGUACCAAUCAUAUGUCUGGAACACGGUCGCCUCUGCAAGAAUGAGACUGUUCGGUAUGGAAGUUGUUGCUGGUGAUCUCGUCAUUGACAAUUCACAAACAGUGGAGCAGGACGAUGACUUCGAGGAAGACGUCAAGAAAGAAACGUUUGUUCGCGCCAAGGUUGUCUCCCAGGAGGAUGUCGACAACAAAACAUACACAAUCCAUGACAUAGUGCUGCCAACGCCCGGCUUCGACGUUCUCUACCCGGAAAAUGAGACGCUGCGCCAGACCUAUGUGGACGUAAUGGCCAAAGACGGACUCGAUCCAUUCAAGAUGUCGCGCCGCGUGCGCGAGUUCUCACUUGCAGGCUCGUACCGCCAUGUCUUUGGCCGCGUCGACGGCCUCGAAUACAACUUUUGCAAGUACAAUGCCAACACCGACUCCUUGGUCCGCACAGAUCUCGAGCUCCUUCGCUUACGUCAGCAGGGGAAAGAGGAGCCACGCUUGAUUUCGAGGCCGGAGGGUUCCAAAGUGGCCCUCGUUGUGCAAAUGCAGCUGGGGGUGUCUGCGUACGCCACUAUGGCGCUCAGAGAGAUUCUCGAUGGACAGCAAUGA